AUAGUCAAUGUGGUACUGUUAUUCAAGGAGGGAGCAAGGGUCCACCACUCACUUCAGUCAGGAAGAAGAGCAGCAAUGAGCGAACAGUUUUCUCCUGAGCACCAUGAAAGCUCUUUCCAAGGUACGGCACUGCCCCACUUUGUAAAGAGUGUCUCGUCGCUCCUGCUUAUGCUUCGGAUCAGUGUCCGGGUUGGAUUCAGGGAUCUGGAGGAAAAGGACAUGGUCAGAUUCAAGGAGGAGCUGGAGGUUGCUGACAGAGAGGCUCAGAAAGCAGCAACAGCAGCUGAGGCCCUGGGCGAUGUGAUAGAUGGUCACUGUGAGAAGCUGACCAUGCAGUACGGCCAGGUGAGUGGUGACAGGAAGAAGCUGGCUACCAAUCUGCUGGAGAACCAGACCAAGCUACGCUCGCUGGAGACCGACAGGGAGCUGAUCCAGGGCCGACUGCAAGCUGGCAAGACUUCCCUGAGACAAGCUGAGGACACACUGAGAGCAGCAAGAGCCAAGGCUGGCGAGAAACAAACUGGCAGAGAUGUUGGCAUCGGACUGAGCUUCCUCCUGCCCUGUGUGGGUAUCCCAAUGGCCGUGGCCUUUGAGAAGGAACGGCAGUUCCGGAAAUCAGAGGUUGAUGUAGCCUCUGAUGACCGGUCAUCGCUGAAAUCUAGCAUCAGCCAGGAUGAGGAGCUGCUGAAGAAGAUCAACAACCAAGUGCCUGAGCUCUACAAUGAUAUCAAUGGAGUGACGGAGAGAUUGGAGGAGAGCAAGGCAGCUGAGCUGACCCUGAAGGAGAGCCGCGUGGAACUUGCCAAGCUCCAAGCCAGGAUGAGGAACUGCUGCCAGUAUCUGUGCACCUACCAGGGGAAAGUGAAUGCUCUGAAGACCCAGAGUCAGCACAUGUACAACAUGAGCCCAUUGCUGACAUUCUUGGAGGAAGCUGCUGGCCAAGCUCAGCAAGUACCAGACAAUGAGCAACUCUUCAACCACAUCCAGGUUCACAAAUUGGUUGGGGAUCUGAAAACAUUGAUCCCCAAAGUAAAGGAUCUCCUGCUGUCCCAGGACAGCGCUGAGGACUACAUGAAGUAACUAGUCCAUUCCAGACAUUAGGGCUAGAGCUCUAUGUUAAUGCAGACAGCAAUCUGUAGUCUCAUCUUAACUUUCUAAACAACUUGCAGGUCAUGAAAACCACAGGGAUUUAAAAGGGGUGUCUGUAAAGCCUAGUUGCUUAGUUAAUGCCCUUACUUGAGAAAAUCUUGCUGAUGGGUCUGUUUAACAAUCACAUUUUUGAGUGAAUAAUUCUUUAUCAUUGAGGUAUUCCAAUAGAAAAGUGGAGGACCUCAAACAUUCAGAACUUCCAAUGGCUGUUUCAAACCUUGUACUCCUAUCCUUCAAUCUUUACUCACUGACUAAUAUUCCCUUUGUGUGCAGGUGUUGGAUUUGGGACUGAACUCAAUAAAAAGCUGUUCUCUGUCUCUCCUGGGUACAUUGUAUAAUCAGCCUCAUCAUCCAGUAUGUGCUUUCUGUAAAGGCGGCAGUCUAUAUAUCAAUCAGGGCCAAUUCCCUGGUUACUGAUUGUUUUAAACAUUGCAAUAAAUAAAGAUUGAUUGAUUAUUC